GUUGAAUAAGCCAAAACAAUGUAAGAGUAAUAAAAGCCAUAGGGGUAUUAUUAUUAAAUCCAAGCACGAAAAAAUUCCGUAAUAACCAAUACAUGCAAAGCCAAAAUUCAAAAUCCGGAAGUAUUCUCCACUGCAAGACCUCCUUCUAUAAGCCCAAAACAUUCACCGGAUCACCCAGCAGUAGUUGUGAAAUCACGCAAUCAGAGAACUCCGUUUUCCAUCAAAUGCUUUUUAUGAAAGGCAGAAAAACACCAACUCAGAAAGGGAAAGCUGAACCCGCCAAAACGAUUCGAUCCCAAAAAAAAAGAAGAAAAAAGCCAGCCAUAACCACGUGACCCGACGUGGUGGAAUUGGAAAGGGGAAAGUCAUCAAAGAUGUACAGGAUAUAGAUACAAAGGAAAGAAUAGUGUCAAAAUGAGAGACAUCGG